UGGGUGAUCAUCGUAUGUAGCCAUGGCGGGCUAUCCAGGAUCUGAUGGCCAGGUUCAGAUCCUUCGUCAAACGAGUGCUUUGACUUCCCGCAUAGGGGGCCGUCCGAGCCUGCACUACGGGCCAUCCAAUUCCCUGAGUCGGGCGAACCGCAAGAGCUGUCGAAGUUCUUCUCUUUGCUCCUUGGCGCAGGAUCCGCCAGAGCCACCAUUGAAGAGCAAAUUGCGCUGCGAGACGCCUCUGCUGCAGGAGCUGCUUCCUCCCCCGCGCUCCAGCUCGGUCUCGGCCAGACGGCCAGUGCCGCGCGGGCGAAAUCGCGAGGGAGUCAAUGACGCUCGGAGCCUCUCCCCGCGGAUGCCGCAAGAGAGCCGGAAUUCCAGCGCUGCAGCGCAGAGAAUCAAAGCUGCAACGCCAAGAGCGCAGUCUCAGCGCCGUGCUGCCAGCCUUCGGGGCCUUCGGGAAGCUGAGACGCGACCCGUCAACGUGCAGCGGUUUGCCGAUGCACAACGGGAUACCUUUGACCGAGCCCUGCAAGAGAUUUGCCAAGGGAGGAAAUCCAGUUGCUGGAUGUGGUUCACAAUUCCCACUCCUCCGCACAUCGUCAAUGGCGUGGAACGUGGAAGCUCUGUGAAUAGAAAGUUUGCCUUGAGGUCAGAUGAGGAAGCGAGGGCUUUCCUCAAAUUUGAGACCGAUGAUGGGGUGAACCUGCGAGAGAACUAUAUGGCCAUCAUGACGGCGGUCCUGGAGCAGCUCCAAGCGGGCAGAAGCCCCACGUCGUUGUUGGGACACUUUGAUGCUCCGAAACUGGCAAGUUCAGUGCAGCUCUUUGAGCGAAUUACCAGUGAUGGAUGCGACCCUGAUCUCCACCAAGUUCUGCAAGAGAUCAGACCAUUUCUUUCCAAAAAGUCUAGUGAUUGAGCUGCCGGUUUGGCGAGAAAGUUUC